AUGGGUCUUAAAGGUAAAUUAACUGCCCAAAUUGAAAUUAAGGCCGGUGGGGAUGUCUUUCAUGAACUGUUUAGGUACACACCACACCAAAUUCCCAACAUGAGCCCUACUACUAUCCAACGCUGUGAUUUGCAUAAAGGAGAGUGGGGAACUGUAGGCUCGAUCAUCUUCUGGAACUACACUCAUGAGGGGAAGCCGAAAGUAGCGAAAGAGGUAAUUGAAGCCAUAGACGAAGAAAAAAGGUCAGUGACAUUUAAGAUCAUCGAGGGUGAUCCGAUGGAGUUGUACAAGGCCUUCAAAGCCAGUUUUCAUGUUGAAACAAAUGGUGACGUCGAUUUGGUGACAUGGACUUUCGAGUAUGAGAAGAUAAAUGACGACAUUGAAGAUCCACUGUCAUUGUUGGGUGUUUGCAUUAAGCUUACUAAAGAUAUUGAGUCUUACCAUCUCAAGGCAACCUAA